GGUGAGCAUGUUUCUCUGACACAAACCCGGAUGAAGCACAAAGUCUCAAAUGGUGUAAAAGGGGCGACUGCUCCAGUCUUUCGAAUUCUGGGCAGCCUCUUCCUCUCCUUUUCGUAACUCGUUCAAUUGUUCUACUCUAACCAGGAAAAAGACGCGAUCGAAGCCAGACAAGAAUCAGAGCUGUCUCACACUCGUCUUCCCGCUGCAAAAUCCCCACCGCCAGUUGUGCCGAACACCAUUUCAACGACGACGACGACGACAAAAGACGUCAAUAUCUAAACCCACCAACAUCAGCCACUUACACGAUAUAAAUAUGGAUAUGGGCAUGGACAUGGGCUCCGGCACGAGUUCCGGCGCCAGCGGACACCACAUGAUGAGUGUCUUCCAGAACUCGAUGGCCACAUCUCUUUUCUCGGCAAGAUGGACGCCCCAUUCAACCGGUGUCUACGCAGGCACGUGCAUCUUCCUCAUCGUCUUCUCCGCCGGCCUCCGCGGUCUAUUAGCCGUACGCAACUGGCUGGAGUACAGAUGGAUCGAUGCCGAGAUGAAGCGCCGCUACGUCGUUGUUGCCGGACGAGGAACGAUGGCCGAAAGAAUCAGCAAUGAUUCACUGGCGAAGCCUAUGGUGCUGAGCAGCAGCGGCGUCGAGGAGAACGUCAUGGUCGUACAGAAGCAUGGAGCGGAAGGACGCCCGUUCAGGUUAAGCGAGGAUCCAAUCCGUGCGGCGCUUGAUACGGUCAUUGCGGGUGUCGGAUAUCUUCUUAUGUUGGCGGUCAUGACCAUGAAUAUCGGAUACUUCAUCUCGGUGCUCGGCGGAGUAUUCAUCGGCAGUCUUCUUGUCGGCCGCUAUGCAACACUCUUCGGUCAUUAGCAUGCAUGGCCUCUGGGUACAAAAUCUGGGAUUUUCUGGGCAUGGGAGUUUAGGUUUUGACCAGCAUCUUACUGAUGUACGGUUGUGUGUUUUAUUUAGAGGGGGUCUGUUCAGAGACUAGUUUUUGGGAGCAUGGACGGGGCGUAGGAGUCGUCACGAUCAACAGGAUGACAAGUCCCUAGAGAUGAUCAACAGUAAUCGUAAUGGGCAUCACAAGAUCGCCAGCGCUCAUUGUUCACAAGGAAGCAAUCGGAUAGUGCUGCGGCUAUGGCAAGUACUUGUACAUUUGGCGGCGCUAGUAUGGGCGACCUGCAUAAACUUGCUCAAAUCCACUCAACCUUGAUGGUCGGCACUAUGUAAUCUUUGGAAUAUCCCCACUCGGUCCGUCCGCUCCGUCCACCGACACCGACGACGACCUCCGGUUACAUAUCCAUUCCGGUCAUGCUCCGGCUCCGGCUCCUUGUCCGUGUAUGGCGCCGGGUAAUCCUUCUUUGUGGGUGCAUUACCGGCCCUCAUCACGUUGAAAUGCGGAACUCAUGAAACCUUCAAUCGAGCACCAAGUCCCCAACAAGAGCGGUGAAAAGCCCUAAACAAGUGCCAACUCAACCGAUCUUCAAGACUCGCUCGCAAGUCGUUUGUCAUCUUUCUUAACGAGGGUCUGACAGUAUUUUACAAUGAGUAUAUUGUAC